CGUUGCGCUAGCUCGCGUCACCUUUGCUUCACACACUUUGCCGCUCGUGCUAUCUGCGUCGGUCGCAGCGCGGUCCAGAGGACGCUUUUCACAAUGUACGGGGACAUGGGAGUCAAGUUGGUCCAACAUGCGAAGCGGACACAGAACCUGGCCCAUCUACCGCCAUACCAGACGGAGCUCGUGCGGGCCGUUACGAGAGAGGUUCGCGACCUCGAUAAGGAUGUGGCGGACCUUCUGGAGCCGUUCCAAGGCUCAUUUGAUCCGGCCGCCGACCAAGCAGUCGCCUGCACGCUCCUUGUUAACCAUCUCUCCAUGCGCCGGAACAAGCGAUGCCUGUUGGCGUACCACCGGACGCGGACGGACAAGCUCGAGGAGCUUGUAUGGAACGGUUCCGACGUCGUCGACUUGUCGGGACAGCAGCUGCGUGAGUCUGCCGCCGGCGGCAUCAACGGAGCGCCCGCGGCAGGCGGAGAGGGGCCGACGAGCAGCUUGAGCCCGCAGGAGGAGGACUAUGUCCGGCAAUACAGCGACCUCCUGGCCGCUUACAAGGGGCAGUGGACAGACAUUGACCUGACGGGUAGUCUCGAGCCCCCGAGAGACCUCUUCAUCGAUGUUCGCGUGCUUAAGGACGCCGGCGAGAUCCAGACAGAAUACGGGGCGAUAACAUUGACAAAGAAUAGUCAAUUUUACGUGAGGCAGGGCGACGUGGAGCGACUUAUUGCUCAGGGUUACCUGCAGAAAUUGAGUUGACCCGGGAGUCGUCAAGGUCGACGCCGAGAACGGAGUCAUACCAUUACCAACCACAUGGCCGGACCGGAAGGCCGUGUCCCGCAGUCGCUACGUACUUGCGUCUAACCGCGGAAGCGCGCAGACUCGCUUGGCCGCCCCCAACGCCCACAUCAAGCGCGCCGAGAGCGGACGCACUGGCCGAACGUCGCGUCACACUCAUCAACUUGUCGAGCGACGAGGGCUAGACUUCGUGUCGGGAACACGGAUGGCAUUUUUUGUGACCACUCAAGCGGCACUACAUGCAGAGACGAAGGUACGAGGGCCAGAGAGGGAAUGUGUUGUUGCAUCAACGGAGCAAUCAGCGGAACAUAUCGGAGUCGCAACACAGCCAGUGGAGCGGAAUGGGCCGUACGUCGGGACGGCUCGAGAGCGGAUUCUGGGCCCGUCAAGCCAUCUAGGCUGGCAGGCGUCCGGCCGCGGUGGAGACCAUGCGCCGGUCGGAUGGGUAGACGGGGAAGUAAUACGGAUGGCGGCUUGGUGGCUUUACAUUGCCAUGUGUGUUUGCAGGUGGACUCAGUCCAGAUGUACAAUUUACCGCAGGCAGCCCGAUGUAUGGCUUUUAAAUAGUCACGCGGCUCCAGAGGAUGGGGUCACCUCCGUUUUGCCCACCUGCAGCCUUGUGGCUCAAUGGGAUAUUUGGUAGCUUGAAGAGGAGGCUGGACGUUGCAGUAACGGGCUGACGC